UUUCAUUCACUUUCAUUUCCAUUAAUUUAUCGUUUCGUUUCAUUUAUUAAGGACAAGUAAUGUCCCCUAUGUUGUCCUUGGUUUCAGUGUUUCUUGGCUUCUUAUGAUACGACUAAUAAAACUCGGGCCCCUCGGUUAACCCCCUUUCUUCUCGUUCAUUGCACUAUAUAUAGCAGAACGUGUGUUACAGCGUAUGGCGAACCAACGGACUCCCGGUUUCGGCGGCCCACAGCGACCAGAAUCUUCUCCGGGUGGUCUUGGAUUCUCCGCGCCCCCACAAGGAUACGGUCCGGCCAACCAGGGUGCCCUACCGGGUGCUCCACGUCCGGCCAAGGGGUUCGCGCCUCAGGGAUCUUACCCAGGGGCUCACAUGCCCGGAGGUGCCUCUCCUCCACGCCCUCCAACAGGACCACCAUUUGGCUUCGCGCAAUACGCGCCACCGGGGGGCACACGCUCUCCACGCUUGCCUUACGGAGAACCACCACCGGUUAUGGGACUGGGUUCGCGCCCGUCGGAGACGGCAGCAUACGAACAAGGGCGACGAUCCCCACAAGGAAGAGCAUGUCCGCAGGCACCGUUGGGUCUGAACGCGAGCCGCAUGCCGGGGUCCUACGAGACGAUCGUCGGCGCUCCACGUGCAGACAGAGUUCCAUCCGGCAGCGGUCGCUCGUCUCCGAUCCCGACAUGGCAAAAUGCGAACCCGGGCCCCGGAAUCGCUCCACCAAUGCGAUCCCUACCACCAGGGGGCCGGGCGGAGGAUGGCGGUGCCAGACCUCCGGAUGCCUCUCGCGGCACGCUGCAACCUGGCUACCCUCCAUCGGAACGCGCGAGACCACCUUCUGGGUCAGCCGAUGGAGGAGCAAUGGCGCGAGCCUUGCGUCCAGCUGGGCUUACACGCCCUCAGUCGACAAACACCUAUGUCGAACGCAGUGGACGUCCGCCUGGGCCCUCGUAUCCGCCGCCACCGAUUCUAGGGCCUCCGGGACUGCAGAGACCCUACGCACCACCACUGGGACCUCCUGCCGGGCACUGUAAUAAUCCUGCUCAAAAUCACCUCCAACUUGGAAGUGGCCAGCGAGGUUUUGCAGAACCCUUUUCAGCUAGCGACGUAAGCGGUCCUAGCUCCAGGACCGCUUCAGCAGGGCGCUUUCCGCAAUUUGCGGGAGCUCGCGCUGCGCCAGCUGGGGCGUCACGAGCAGUCUCGGAAGAGAACCUGAUGGCAACUUUCAUCAACCCAAAAGCGGAGAAAUCUCUUGAACGCGUCCGUUCCAAGUCGCGUCCUCCACUACGCAAAGCGAAAAGCAAAGAACUUCUCCAGUUGAUGGAGGAAUUCGAUGCCGUGCUGCUUGGUAAACCCAGCGCCGGAACUGCAACACAAAAGAAAAAAUGAAAGUAGAGGACGUGUGUGAACUUCUACGUCUGGUUUCAUAAUUGACUACGAACAUGCAAAUACUAUGAAAAUGACUACGAACAACAGUAAAUUGGCAGUGCAUAUAGGUAUGGAUUUGAAUGGUCGCUCUAGGUGUCCUAUAGUCUUGCCACAGUGUUAGCGGUAGUAAGCGGCUCCUGUGUCGCUGAUAAGGCUAUCGGUAAGUGUCUUAGAAUGCCGUUUUCAAAAAAGUUGUCUUACAGCCGCUUGCACAUA